GCAUGUCGAUACAGAUGAGAAACCACAAAAUCCUCACAUCCAAGUGGCUUUUGGACGGAACUGGGCCCAGUAAGCACCCGACACGCUUUCUGUAAGACUGUAUCAAGAUAUUUUUUACCUUUAGCACUUUACUAUAGGGACAGUCUGAUGCAUUGGAAUGUAUAGGACAACAGAGGGGAUAAAGGAGAGCUGCUGCUGCUACUGCUUGUUGAUAUUAGCGACAUACACGUCUUUGUGUUGUUUUUAAAACACAACCAAGUGACCACAAUGAAACCUCAAGACAUUAUAAAGGAAAAGAGCAGCCUGUGGAUAUUUGGAUACGGCUCCUUAGUGUGGAAGCCUGAUUUUGCUUACAAAAGGAGCAAAAUCGGGUAUAUUAAAGGAUACAAAAGACGCUUCUGGCAUGGAGAUGAUUUUUAUCGAGGGGACAAGGAAAAGCCAGGCAGAGUGGUCACACUAGUGGAGGAUCAGGAGGCUUGCACAUGGGGAGUGGCUUAUGAAGUCACUGACUGCCAGAUUGAAGAAUCCCUUCAGUACCUGAACAUGAGAGAGGUUGUGUUGGGGGGUUACAUAACACAGACGGUGGAGUUCAUCCCUAAGGAGAAAGGCCAGGGUCCGCUGUUGGCCCUCGUUUACAUCGCUACUUCUAACAACCCCAUCUACCUCGGCCCGGCCUCAGACAAAGAGAUAGCCGCCCAGAUUACCAUCUGCAGCGGCAACACAGGCCACAAUAUUGAAUACCUGGUCCGCCUGGCAGAGUUCAUGAGGCUCUACUGUCCUGAGGCGGAGGAUGAGCACCUCUUCUCCAUCGAGGCAGCAGUUUUAAACAUUUACAGAGACUGUGGAGGGAUCAAAUCCUCAGACCAAAAAUCCAUACUGCUGGGAGCUACAUAAAAGACUCCACAAGGCACUCCACAACAGAUAAUAAUAUUUUUAUAUUGGGUGAAAGAGAAAUGUGGUCACACAAGACAUGUUUAAGGGUAUUUGUUAUUGAAAGGGGAAUAUUAUUUUACAUUUAUCAUGGCUAACAAUUUUUAGGUUGUAACAUAACCACAGUUACACACAUAAGUUAUCUCAUGUUACUCAGAGCUCUUCUUUUGACCUUCUCACUUUGACAUUUUUCGACUGUGAAGAGAGGGAGUUUAAGUCUGUAGGUCAUGCACGCCAUACCACAAAUGGUAUGCAAACUGAAAGUUCACAUUAAGUGUUUUACACCUUUGUUGUAAAAGGGUCUCAAAAAUACUAUGUACAUUUUUAAACAUUGUUUAAUAAAAAUCUGCCACUAAAUCUGCAUGAGGAAAAUGUGUUUAUGAUUUUCCUGUACUCUCAAAUGAGUUUGAAAAAGUCACUUAUAUAUUUAUGUUUGUGGUUGAAGGCUUGCUCACACACAGACCACCCCCUCCCCCUCCUCAUGUUUCCACAUCACGUGGCUGAGGAAUGUAAAGCGGUACUGUAUGGCUUAUAGGGAACGCUGACUUUUCCUCAGAGAGCUGUUAAAUGCACAGACAAAGCAGCCUGUGCAUUUAACAGACUGCUUUGCCGUCUUUUCUCCGGCCACACUGUUUUGCAUACGUUCAUUUACUCUAAAAAUAGUUUACUCUGAAUGUUUUAUGGAUGCCAGAGCUGUUCUGUGCAGUUCUUGUGUUCAUGUCACAAACAGGAGGCUAUAAAAAAUUUUCUUUCAUGAUGCCAGAAUAGCCAGGGUCUUUAACCUCUUAAGAUCAGCUAGGCACAGCGGUGGGCCCAUCUUUUAAAAUUCCUGUUGUGCAGCCAAGCGUUCCUCAAACCUAUAAAAUUUUACUUACUUUACUUACUUACUCUAGUUUGGAUCACAGUGUUCCCAAAGACAACAGCUAUGUCAGGUUGAAUUAGAUAAAGUGAUUCACAAACAUGUAAAAUUUGAUGUUAUUUUGAUUCUACCACUACCGACUCUUCCAGUGUAAUGUCCAGUGGUGCUGGUGUUGGGAGUAAUCUGUAUAUUAGAGUGUACACAGUCAGCUGUAAACCACAGACCAUGGAAGACUGGCUGCUCUUACAGUAUAGACAGAGGGGCUUAGCUGGGAGGUGGGGGUUUUCUUUCCCUGCCUGAGCUUUGAUCACGUUGCGCACAUGCCACAUGUUAGACUUUUUUCAAAGCUGUUUCAAGCCUGCAUUUCAAGCUGUACAGUUCUGUGGCACACUGUUCUACUUUCCUAGAAAUCUGCUGAAAACUAGGUCAAAGGUUUGAGUUGAAGAAGCACCACUGCAAGGGAAACAUGCAGCUCAAGAAGAGCUCACAUGUAAGAACAAGUAAUUUGGAAAGACACAGACAGGCCUGUAACCCGUUGUUAUAUAACUACAGCACUGUGUCCCAUGCUUGUCCUUUUGCAGGGUACAGUGUUUACGCUGACAUAUGGAGGAACUGUUUGUUGCUCAAUGACCAUUUAAGAGUUUCACGCUCCAGACACUGAAAGCACACCAGGUUCUCAGUGCUUUCUGAUACACAGUGUUUUGUUUUCAGUGAGAUCAUCCAGAGGGACAGACAGCAGUGAGUCAUCAACACAGUUGUUUGUGGUCUCAUAGAACAUAAGGUACAUACAAGAAGUCCUAGUACAAGUACAAGUAGCAAAAAUAUCUGGUGACUCAGUGAAUUUGGUGUACAGUAAUUUGGGUGUCUCCCGGUUCACACCCUACAUUUUAUCUGUUCCCUCCUUUCUUGUGUUUGUGUUUCUUUUUUGAAUCAUCAGUAAACAUGUCAAGCUGAUCUCAUCUUGGAACUUGCUAUAAAAAAUGUCUCUGAUUUAAUUAUACCGUAAGCAUGAUCGACCUUCAGUUACUUUAAUUAGCUUUUAUUCUUUGCCUGUUCUUGACUCUAACAUAAUAACAAUACCAAAGCUCAUCCUCUCCACCCAUACCUCGUGAUUUAAAGACACAUAUUUGGUGUCUUGCCAACCAAAUUCACUGUGUGCAGAAAACUGCAGCUUCCCCGGACAUGCGCUGCUCUGUAGAGGUUGUUAUAAUGUGUUUAUGAAGUAUUUUUUUGUUCAUCUAUUUAUAGUGAAAGAUCAGUUAUGCUGCACUGGAGCAUUAUGAUUUACAACUCACUCUGGCACCUCUCAUCAGAGCUAUAACAGUAAAGACAAGUCAAUCAAUAAAUGCCCCUUACCACAUUGUUAGUGCUCCUUGGAGAGAUGCAGAGGGAUUAUGAGGCUCUGAGGUCGCCAAGUUGGUAUAUAUUUAUUCACAGAGUCACAUCACAUAUCUGACUUUGUCCUUUCUUUUUUUGUGUAUCUUCAGAUAUGCUAUAAAACCAAAUAAAAUGCCAUGUAAAAUCUUA